GAGGCGCGCCGGCGGUUACCGGGUGCGCAGCCGCGGGGCGGCUUGUCCGGCUUCGGGAGACGCGGAGGCGCGGCAGGGCCGGCCCUGCUGCUCGGGGUGCCCCCUCUGCGCAGCACAGGGUUGUAAUAGCGUGGAGCUGAAAUACCAUCUCUGGGGCACAAAAUAACCAGGGCUUGGAUGCGUUCCUGCACAUACCGAGUACCACCUGCCAGAAUCCCGGACAAACCUAGAGAUCCGGCACCCUAUUUUGCCCUCAUCCUUGCUUGCUACGGGUGUUCUGAUCUCUGUGCAUGCGUGCUUCUAUGUUGAUUUUCCCGUUUCUGACACAACGAGCCCCAGAAGUGGUACCCAGGAGGCAGCAGGCGUGGCUGUGUGCUGCUCGCACCCACUGACCGUGUGGUUUGGGACCAGGGAACAGACUCAGUGCUGCUUCCUCUCCCUAAGCCCUGCAUCACACACAGCUCGUAGAGCAUUUGUCUCUGUGUUCUGCAGCGUUUUUGUUUUCAGCUCUUCUCUCCCUUUUGUCAGCAUCUUUUCACAGAGAUACCCGGCUCCAGGCUGGCAGUUGUCAGUAAAUCAUCAAGCACUUUGUGCGGGAGUCCUGUGUGACGUGUGGAUGUGUGCAGAAGCUGUGUGUAUGAUUAACACUGGCCUGUAUUCAGCAGUGCACCUCAUCCCGUGUUCCUUUGACUGCUCGGUGGAAAACUGAUUUGUCAGAUCAUCUUGCCACGCUGGAAGGGCAAAUUCUCUUUGGAAUGUAAACACUAUGUGUAAAAAUUCUGCAGGUGUUCACAGAAAAGCGCUCAUUCUGCUUCCUCUUCAAACACUGUAGGCUGAGUUUAUUUGUUUUGCCCAAGUAGCCGUGUAUUUGCUUGGCCCUUUAUGCUGAGUGGUGCUUCUGAGAGGGCUCUCCAGGCAGAGAAGUGCUGUGUGCUUGUUGUGCCAGCAGCACAAACCCUGCAGGAUAGUCCUGCUCUGGAGGCUGUCCGCACUGCCCUGCCUGCACACCUUCCUGCUAUCCUGGCUGGGUCUGCUCCAUUCCUCCCCACGUGCUCGUAGCCUCGGGCUGGAUGCUGAUUGUGCAGUGAGAGGACCAGCCAGGCAGUCCUCCUCCAGGUUGCUUGAAGGGAUGCAAUAGGAGGCCGGUGUUGUGGUCUUUGUUUGCCUUUCAGUACAAAUAAUGGUCUUGCCUGUCUCCCAGCAGGGGGCUGUUGGGUAGAAAAGCAAGGUAUUCUUUGAAGGUCAGGGUGCUACAGUGCUCAAACCAUUCUUGAGAUGUAAAGAGCUGGUCCUGGUCUUUUUGCCAUCUGUCUCAUAUGUAUGAAAGACAAGGGAUGAGUUCUUGGUGUCAAUACUACAAGGAUCAGCAAAGACUUCAGUUGGAGAUUGGUUAAUUGGGCCUAUGUACAUACUUAAUGUUUAAUACCUGCAAAAAUUUGCAGAUCCACUUACAGUCUUCAUGGUAGAGUGUUACCAUGUAUAACACAGCUGGAUUUUUAUAGCCCUUUGUAACUGUUUCCAUUGAGAAGGGCAUCUCUAUUGCCUUAUUGUAGUAUGGGGCAUCUCUGUUUUCAUGUGGAAUACACAGGAAUCAAAUGACUCAUCUGAGAGCACACAGUAAGUCUGAUAAGAAAGCUUCUGAUUAUAAUCUCACUAUGAAGCAGCUGUCAGCAGAAACCAUUCGUCUCCUUUCCAGUUCUCAAGUGAUUACAUCAGUUGUCAGCGUGGUGAAGGAGCUGAUAGAAAACUCCUUGGAUGCCAGUGCCACUACUAUUGACAUUAGACUGGAGAAUUACGGGUUUGACAAAAUAGAAGUAAGAGACAAUGGCAAUGGAAUCAAGGUCGCUGAUGUUCCUGUUAUGGCAAUUAAACACUACACCUCAAAAAUAAGCUCUUCUGAGGAUCUUGAAAGGCUGACAACAUAUGGUUUCCGUGGGGAAGCCCUGGGAUCAAUUUGUUGCAUAUCAGAGGUUUUGGUCACAACUAGGACAGCUGAUGAUGAUAUCAGCACUCAGUAUGUUUUGGAUAGUAGUGGGCAUGUAACGUCCCAAAAGCCUUCCCAUCUUGGUCAAGGUACAACAGUUACAGUCCUCAAGUUGUUUAAGAAUCUUCCUGUGAGAAAACAGUUUUACUCAACAAAUAGAAAAUGUAAGGAAGAACUGAAAAAAGUCCACGACCUCCUGAUAGCAUAUGGCAUCAUAAAGCCAGAACUGAGAAUAACCUUUGUACAUAAUAAGGCAGUUAUUUGGCAGAAGAACAGGGUGUCAGAUCACAAAAUGGCCUGUAUGUCAGUUCUGGGAACAGCCGUUAUGGGCAGUAUGGUACCUUUUCAACACUGCUGUGAAGAUCCUGAGAUAAAUCUUUCUGGAUUUCUUCCAAAAGCUGAGUCAGACAGCUCUUUGACAAGUCUCUCAAGCUCAGAACGGAGUUUUAUUUUUGUAAAUAGUCGUCCAGUUCAUCAGAAGGAAAUACUAAAGUUAAUUCGACAGUACUACAGUGUGCUGAUGCAAAAGGACAGCACACGCUUAUACCCUGUGUUCUUUCUGAAUAUUACUGUACCUGCCUCUGCUGUGGAUGUGAACGUAACGCCUGAUAAAACUGAAGUUCUGCUGCAGUAUAAGGAGUCUGUCUUACUUGCUGUUGAAAAUGUGUUGAAAUCUUUGUAUGGGCCACUACCUGCUACGGUCUCUGGUGAAGCUAAUAAAACAGAUGUUACCUCAGAAGACAUGUUUGUUCACAAAGCAGGACAAACAGAUGUGGUUGUUAAUGAAAAGGAACCAUCUGGAAACAAUGAUCUACAUGCUCAUACUUCAUUCCUUUCAUUCAACAGUGAUGUGCAAAGUUAUCAAGCAGGAAAAAACACAGAGAUCUGUUUAAACCAUCAGAUAUUCUCUGGUGAUACUGUACAUAGUUGCCUAGAAGAAAAAGAGGCUUCUAAGAAUGAUGCCUUUCAAGAAGGUUCCUUACAGUUAUUGUGUGAGGAGGAGCAGAAAGGGCAAAAUACAACUGGUAUUCCAAGUAACAGUGCUCCUGUAGAUCCUGGUUCUAAAGAAGAAGGUGGAUGCCUUUUGAGUUCUGAUAAUGCUGAAGAAGCCUUAGUCCCUGAAGACUUACCUGAAAUCUCUGCUGAUAAUUGGAGUAUGGGAAAUGCAUUUAAAAACUCCUCAGGAGACAACCUGGAACCUGUGAAGGUUUUAAUUCCUGACGCUGGAGGAGCAAUUAAUAAGCAAAGUGAACGUAGCGAUGAACAAAGCCACGAUCCACAAAUCCCAGAUCCAAGUAUAAGGAAAACAAAUGUAAUAGAUGAGAAAACAGGACACAUAACGGCUUAUGACUUAAUUAGUGGUCGAAUAAUAAGGAAAUCAAAGUCUGCAUUUGAACACUUCAUCCAAGAGUAUCGUUCAAAAUUUGUUUCUGAAAAUCCCAGGUGUAGCAUGAAGGACAUCCUAUUGAAAAUUGAAGAGCAGUGGAAGAAUUUAAAUGAAGAAGAAAAGCAAGAGUAUGAACUAAAAGCUGCUAGAGACCUGGAGCGGUACAACAGAGAGGCUAACAAAGCUAUGCAGCAAGCAGCACGCAGACCUGUAAAGGAGAACGAAAGACAGAAGCCCAGGCUGAAGGCUUCUCUUCCCAAGCAGCAGAAACUUGACAAAAUGUUGUGUGCUCAAAUUGAUAAGAAACCAAAGAGUAAUCAGCCUGUGAAGGUUGUUACAGUGCCUUUUUCUCUGAGUGCCUGUAGACCUCAGUUUCAGAGGCAUGAGAAGAGUGAUUCAGAUAAGCAUGAGCUUUGCCUGAUCCGUCGCCAGAGUUUUCCUGAUAUCUGGAUAUUUGCUACUGAAAAAAAGCUAAUGUUGCUGAAUCCAUAUAGAUUGGAAGAAGCCCUGCUGCGUAAAAGAUUGCUGAUGAACCAUAAGCUUCCAGUAGAGAAACUGGAGAAGCCAGUUGUGUUAUCAGACAGUCUUCUUGGUGAAUCUCACUAUAUGGAUGUUCUUCAUAAAAUGCAGAAGGAUUACCAGGGAUUAAAUGGAUUGAGUUAUUUGUCAGAUCCAAGGCUUGUAGCAAAUGGCUUCCAGAUAAAAGUGAUAGAAGGUGCUUCAGCUACAGAAAGCCAUAUGGAAAUAGAAGGAAUGGCUAAUUGUCUGUCGUAUUAUGGCAUUUCUGAUCUGAAAGAAAUUCUGAAUGCAGUGGUUAAUAGAAAUGCAAAGGAAGUGUAUGAAUGUAGACCUCUCAAAGUGAUAAACUACUUGGAAGGAGAAGCAGUGCGUUUAGCUCGGCAGCUGCCCUUACAUUUGUCAAAAGAAGACGUAGAAAACACAAUUUACAGGAUGAAGCAACAGCUUGGAAAGGAAAAUAAAGGCUGUGUUCAUGGUCGUCCUUUUUUUCACCACUUAACAGAUAUUCCAGAAGUUAACAAGCCAUAACUCCAAGGAAAUUAUUCAGUAAAUGGAACAUUUUGUUUGGGAUCGAAUUUCUCUUGCUUCAUUUUGAUCGUUAUUCUGUAACUUCAGUGUGUUUUGUGUAAAGUUUUUGUAUAAUGACUUUUUGCUAUCAAAGUUCUCCUUGAUUUUUUUUUCUAUUUAAGUUCAAAUGCUACUUGAGAAAUGGAAAUAAAUUAAUAUUGUACAGAAAAGCUCCACUAUUUUUUUAAAAGAAUUUAUUAAAGGAAUGUUCUCAA